GGCUGCGGGGGUGUGCGUUGGUGAGAACGAGAGAACGCGAGCACUCACCGUGUCAAUGUGUUGGUGUGUGUAUAGAUUCUGACUCACGCGCUGUUCUCGCGCUCUCUGCCUCUCACUCUUGCGGUCGCUGCGGGAUGCGUUGCCUGUGGAGCUUAUUUGUUUAUGAAGAAAUCUGAUUUGCUUGGAAUGCGCGAAUGUCUGUCUGCCUGUGAAUAUUAAUCCCAAGAAUCUUGUGGCUUUGGGCAUGAUCUAAAUUUCCAUCCCAACGCGUUGCAUGUCCAAAAUGAAAAUGCUUCCAGUACAGCUAUCACUGAAUCCAAACAUCUGGACCGAUGUCAUGUGGCGUUGCCCGCCACCGCCAUCCAGCCAAUUGGCAGAACUGAAGACACAACUGCCCCCAUCGUUGCCGUCGGAUCCACGGCUCUGGAGUCGCGACGAUGUGCUCGUCUUUCUGCGCUUCUGUGUGCGCGAAUUCGAUCUGAAUAAGCUCGACUUUGAUCUCUUCCAAAUGAACGGCAAGGCCUUGUGUAUGCUAACCCGAGCUGACUUUGGUCAUCGGUGUCCCGGUGCUGGCGAUGUGCUCCACAAUGUGCUCCAGAUGCUCAUCAUUGAGUCGCAUAUGCUGCAAUGGCAUUUACCCAACAGUCCGGUGACGCCGACCGGCCGAUAUCCGUUGUCGCCGCACAGUCAUCCGCCGACUCCCACUUGGCCACCAUUGAAUGCUCCAACCGAUCCCAGCAGCAAUCCCUUCCAUAGCAGCAGCUCGGCGGCCGCCGCUCAUAUGGCGGCGCAUCAUUUUAUGGCGCCCAAUUCCGUGACACUUAGCCCGCCACCUUCGGUUGAUUCGCAGGCCAGCAGUCCGCCACAGCCGACGCCAUAUGCCCAAAAUGGUGGCGUCUCCAUUGCAUCAUCGUCCACCACAUCGUCGUCAUCAGCAUCAUCGGUAGCCACAACAAGCGCUGCAGCUGCCACAUCGUCGAGUGGCAGCAGCUCAGCCAGCAACGGAGUGCAACCCAUGAAGGGUAUCAGCAGCGCCAGCAGCAAUCACUCCGACUCCGAUGAGGAGUACUCCGAAUCAGCAGCAACCAACAACAACAGCAGCAAUAAUGUGAAUGGCAGCAAACUGAAUACGUUGCCAGGUGGCGCGCUCUCCUACAGCGCUGGCAGUCCGCCUGGCACACCCAUCCACAAGGAUCUAAAACCCAACUGGACGCAGCAGUUGACCAAUAGUUUUGUCAACUCCUGGUCUCAGCAACAGCAGCAGCAACAGGCGGCACAACAACAGCAACAGGCCGCUCAGCAGCAACAACAACAGCAGCAACAGUUGCCACAGAAGCUGACGCUGGAUAACACAGCUGGUGCUGUGCCAGCUUCAGUUGGUGGUGGCUCUAUCUCAGCGCCCACGACUCCCAGUUACAUGUACAAAGCGAAGCGUGAAUUCUUCCCAGAGAACUCGGAGCCCAAUACAAAUGGCCGCCUGCUAUGGGAUUUUCUGCAACAGCUGCUGAACGAUCGCAAUCAGAAGUACAGCGAUUUGAUAGCCUGGAAAUGCCGCGAUACGGGCGUCUUCAAGAUUGUCGACCCCGCCGGUCUGGCCAAGCUGUGGGGCAUACAGAAAAAUCAUUUGUCGAUGAACUAUGACAAAAUGUCGCGCGCCCUGCGCUAUUAUUAUCGUGUCAACAUCUUGCGCAAGGUGCAGGGGGAACGGCAUUGCUAUCAGUUUCUGCGUAAUCCCACCGAGCUGAAGAACAUCAAGAAUAUAUCGCUGUUGCGCCAAACGACGACGCCAGCGAAUGGUGUCAAUGCAACGCCAGCGACGCCCAAUCAGGGCAACAACCAGGCACCCAGCAGUCCAGCUGCUGUAGCCAACAACUGGACGCAACAACAGCAACAGCAGCAGCAGCAACAACAACAACAGCAGCAGCAACUGCAGCAGUCGCCACAGCGUCCUGCAUCGCGGAAUGGUCCGCCCAUGAGUCUGCCCACAGCUGCUGCGGUGGCAGCCGCUGCUGCAGCUGCCGCAUAUGGUUUGCAGCCACCAUCGCCGCUGUUUAUGCACUAUUUGUCCGCUAAUGCGGCGGCUGCUGCGGCCGCUGGACCGCCACCAAAUUCACCAGCGGCUGUGGCGUGUUUGACGCCAGGUGCUGCCGGACAGACAGGCGACAAGUUUCAGUUCCAUCCGCUGAAGCUGGAGAAUGGUGGUGGCGUGAGCUCGGACAGCGCUGGCGAGGAUCUGAAGCCCACCGAUUUGAGUGUGAGCAGCAAGAGUGCGAGCAGCAACAGCAAUAGCGUCAACAACAAUAACAACGAGGAUUGCUAUCCGCUCAUACGCAAUGCCGACGGCCUGACCACCAUCAAGCUGAUACGCUACAACGAGCCAACGCCAAUCACGACGACGACGAUGACGACGACAACGCAUGCGGAGCAACAGCUCUCGCCCAAGUCGGAGCGCAGCCUGGAGGAUGGCUCGCCAAGGCCCAUGGAUGCCACUGUGGAGCAUCAAACAGCAUUCGCAGGCGACCCACAAUCAUAA